GAGCACCACAACUUCACCGUACACAGAUUUGCUUGGAAGUUCAUACAAAGGGGAAGAAUCGAAAGCAGGAGAAAGAGGAGGGAGAAGGAGAGUAAUGGCGGACUAUCACUUUGUGUACAAGGAUGUUGAAGGAGCAUCGACUCAGUGGGAUGAUAUACAGAUAAAGCUUGGGAAUUUACCUCCAAAGCCACCUGCUUUCAAGCCACCGUCCUUCACUCCAGCUCCAGACGAAGAUUCAAUUCCUAAAGAUAAGUCCUGGAUCGAUGAGAAAACUGAAGAAGAGCUCGAGGACCUCGAAGACGAUCUUAACGACGAUCGAUUCCUUGAAGAAUACAGGAAGAAGAGGAUAGCUGAGAUGAGGGAAGCAGCUAAAAUUUCGAGGUUUGGAUCAAUGAUUCCAAUUUCAGGGUCAGACUUUAUUAGAGAGGUGACCGAAGCAAGCCAUGAUGUUUGGGUCGUUGUGAUUCUCUACAAGGAUGGAUAUCAGGAAUGUGGAGUACUGCUGCGAUGUCUGGAAGAGUUGGCAACUAGAUAUCCUGCUACAAAGUUUGUUAAGAUCAUAUCCACAGAUUGUAUACCAAACUACCCAGAUCGUAAUCUUCCCACUAUGCUGGUGUACAAUAAUGGUGCAGUGAAAGCAAAUUAUGUGGGUUUGCAUAGUUUUGGCCGGAGAUGCACCCCUGAAGGUGUCGCAUUAGUCCUUUGUCAAUUGGGCCCGGUACUAAAUGAUGGUCAGAGUGGAAGUGAUCCAUCAAGAGAAACCGUCAUGGAAGGAGAACAGAGGAGGCUCUUAGAGAAAGUUGUUAAGGAGCACGAGGAUGAUGAUGAUGGAUCAUCAAGUGAUUAGAAUUUUAGUAGUUUUUGGGUUUUUAUGAGGAAAAAAAAUUGUAUUUUACGCAUUCUAACCAGUUUGUGGCUAUUUGUUGAUGCUUCAGGUAUUUUGUUUAUGAUGUGCUUAAGACUGUAAGGAUUAUCAGUCGUCCUCCUGAUCCAGAAGUAUGUGUGUGGGUUUUUUUUUAUUUAUUUAUUUUUAACAGCAAAAAAGUUUCCUUAA